AUGACAUCACUGCCUCCCGUCAACACGCUGUCGCACCUGCCUGAGGACGAGCUUGCCAAGGUGCUCGACCUGCUCUUCGAGCCGUCUCCGCCUCUCCACGCCCUCUCACUCCCAGUCCUUAGAUCUACAGUCUUCCCUACCUACGACAUCCUUAUCGUCGCCGUCAACGCGCAGCUAUCAGCUCUCGCGCAAUCGGACGACCCGAAAGAUAUCGAGAAGCUGUCCGAGAUACUAUGCUCGCAUCCACGACUAGGCGAGAAGAAGGUCGAAAGCGAGCAGAGCCGCGCUGAGCAGGCGCAACUGCAAAAAGGUGCCGAGGAGGAGAAGGAGCAGUUGGCGGCGCUGAACAGGGAGUAUGAAGAAAAGUUUCCGGGGCUGAGAUACGUCGUCUUCGUCAACGGCCGUGCGAGACCGGUCAUUAUGGAGAACAUGCGGGCACGCAUCGGCCGAGGUGAUAUCAAAGCUGAGCGUCAGGAAGCUAUACAGGCUAUGUGUGACAUUGCCAACGACCGGGCAUCGAAAAUGCAGAAAUAA